GUAGUCUUCACCUGAAACCAACUCGGGGCAUCUCUCACUUUAAAACAUUUCCUCGCUCUCAAAUUUUUGAGGUUUUCCCGCUCGCGGCGCAAUAAUGGAGUCAACAUCAUCCGCGGCCUGGCAAAACGACGACGUAUGGGAGCUCCGCCGCGACGACGACGGCUUCGUCUACAAGCGCAAGAAGAGGCGCCGCCUCGACGACGACCCCGCCCCACCGCCUCCGUCCUCCGCCGCAGAUCUCCCGGACGACACCGAGGCCCGCCGGAGAGAGUGGAGGGAGAAGGCUCUGCUGAAGCUGAAGACUCAGUACACGGCCGAGAUUGAGCACUGGGAGCUUUUAUCGAACAGGCUGAAGGAAAUGGAGGAGAAGACGAGUCAGAUUCAGCGGCGGCGAUUAGAGCAGCGAGAACGAGACCAAACGGCGUCGUUUGAUGGUUCUGGCGUGGAGAGGAACCAGUGCUUGGAGUCGGUGCUGGACGAGCUGCUCUUGCAGGCCGAAGCUCAGGAAUCGAUCAUUGCUGAUGUUUCAAGUUUGUGUGACACGGUGGAAGCAAUGUGUCGUACGGAAGAGGAAGAUGUAGCUCAGUCUUUGAUCGAUCUUCCAAUCUGGGGCUCACCACGCGAGCUCAUGAGAUCGCUUUGUGAUGGGUGACAAGAGGUAGGGAAAUAUGAGAAUAGUUUUCUUUGCUUAUGAUGUGAUAUAGUAUGAGGGAGUUAUGUAACUAACCACAAGAUGAUCAAGCUUAGAAAGUAGAGUAGCCUCUCAAGUCAGCACAGAGCAAUGUGUUUUAUUUGAUUGAGCUUAGAACUAUGCUGAUUGGUGUGUGUAUUUAUUAGGUCUUGAGCUCUCUAGCAGUAGUGGUGGUGUGUUGUAUAUGUAAGAUUGAGGUUCUGUUCUCCAUUUUUUAGUUUCUAUUUGUUCUUUCUUGUAA